AUGCCUAGCCUCGUCAAGAAGAGAUCACACGUAGGGGACGCCCCAGGCGACCAGCAGUCAACACUCAAGAUGCGCCGAUCGUGCGAUGCGUGCGCUUUGGCGAAGCGGCGGUGUGAUGGGGAGCUGCGCUGCUCGCUCUGCUGCAAAAAGAGCAUUCGCUGCGUCUACAGCACGCGGCAGAAGAGCGGCCCGAAGGGACAUAAGACCCCGGGGGAGUCGGUGGCGGCAACUGUGACGACCAGCAUCAGCUCCACGACGACUGCCGAUAAGCCUAUCAAGCGGUGCAAGACUUCGAAGAAGCCGUCGAAGAAGCAAGCUUCCGCUGCUGCUGCUCCCUCCACGACGACCACAGGGUGGCAGCAGCACCAGCGGCAGCAAUCUUCGCUUCUCAAGACCGUCCCUCCCGGCAAGUCCGAGCCCAUCACACCGGCUGCUCUCGCACUCUCUGCGACGGCCGCGGUGGCACCCGCGUCGCCGUCGCUGUCGAAGAGGCAGCAGCCGGCCGCACCCGGCCGCCGAUACGCAAGCCAGCAGGUGGCGAGGAAGGAGCCCCGCCUUCGCCACCAACGGAAGGACGAAGCGGCGGAGGAGACCGCUGGGGCGAAGUUCGCCCCGCUUCCGCGGAUGGUACCGCGUCGCGGGAGCUCUGUGUCAGCUCCGGGCUCGGAAUCCAGCGUCGACGGCAGCUCGUCUUCGCUGAGCUGGGACGACGUUCAGGACGUGUUCGUGUCGAGCCUUGAGGACGAUGUGCUGUGGAGCUGCGACGACUUCUCAGACGACGACCGGGCGGAGGGCUGGGCAGCGGCUGGGGUUGCGAGCGACGACCACUCACCCGGCGGUUUUGAUUGGCUCCCGCUCAACGCGGAGAACGUGACACCCUCGAGCGAUUUGCCCAAGGCGCUGGAGGCGAUACUGAUGGCCGGCGACCAAGAGUCGGUGUUGACGACCGACCAAACCGCUACCACCGCAGCUCCCCGUCCGGCAGGCCAGUUUGCGGGUCAGCCGCCGCCCUCGAUGGCACUGGCACCGCAAGAGCCAAUGAUGUCCCAGAUGCUCCCGAGUCGCGCGUCUUCCCCGAGUGUGGUGUUCGCCCAGCGCAGCCCGGGUGCCGGUGGCAGCUACGGCGGCGGCGGCGAAAGCAGCGGCGGUUGGCCACCCUCGACAAAAAUCAGCGACGACGUCGAACCCGUCGUGGUCAACGUGCUCCCCACAGCAAGCGGCAGCAGCAGCAGUAGCAGCGGAAUGCUCCAGAACUCUCUCGGAGGAAUAAGCGAUACGAAGGCCGCCGACUGCGGGGACGGGGCGUGCAGUCCUAUCUCGGCGUGGACACCGGAGGCGGUCGUGGCCGGCGCUUCGACGCUCCUCGCUGUGCUCUCCGACGCAGACUUCUGCAGCGGUGUCCGGAGCGAUAUUCUGACGGGUGGCAACGGUUGGGGGGUCGAGCGCAGGCACCAGCAGCACCAGCACCAGCAUAACGACGACAGCAGCACGCGCUGGAGCUGGCCGCCGAGGAACUUGGGCGCGAACUACAGCAUGGUACCCCGUUCUCCUCCUGCUGCCACGCCCACGGUCGUCGCCGAUGGAUCCUGGCACUCUGAAACCACCGCUACUACUGACGGUGUUGCUGUCUCGGAGAAAAAACGUCGUCACUAUUACCACCGCCAACAGCAACAGCAGCAGCAGCAGCGGCUCGCCCUCGCCCCGCCUGACAUCCGUAGCUUGGUCAAAGAGCUGUCAACGCCGUCGGAUGGAGGCGGGACGACUGCGCGGGGGGGGAAGGGGUCCAAGAGGUACCGCACCGCUACGUUGUAGGCUACCGAACGGGUGGGGGGGGGCGCGGGGUCGCCUUGUUUCACGUCCGUCUUCUGGAAGCUCCAUGACUACAAGAGCGGGUAUUGGUCAACCUCCAGUGGCUUUGCUUUCAAGAUUCAGCUCUAGUGCGCAGAUGGAUGUGGCUUUCUACCCAACAAACGGGUUAGCAGAUGAUGUGUUGUAGACGAGCCAGUGGGUGAGGUGCAUUUUUUGGGUUUGUUGGUUUUCUCGCCAUUACCACGCGCUCUGUUUGUCGUGUAGCAAGUCGCGGUGGAGGUCGUGAGUGAGCAGCAGCAAGAGUCACGCGCGUGUGUGUUCACAGACAGACCGAUCUGAAGCCCGUAGGUGCAGAGAGAUUCAUAAACCAAUCGCCGUUCAUUGACGCCCGCAAGAGCACGACGACGAAGUGCCUGAUCCGUUUCGAACCCUUUGUUUGGCAAAAUAUCAUCUCCGCGCAUCAACAGUGCUUUCGUGCCCUCCUUGUCUCCGACCACAAUCAAGAGUGGUCAGAUGCUGUCGCUUUUCUACAUAAUAGGAGCAAGUGAGACUUCACUUGUAUUUUUCAUUAUUCCUGUCUUGUUUUCUCCCUUUCACUCUCUACAUGGCGUACAUUUAUUGUUGAUUGGUAGCUUUGCUGUUAGCUGUGGAUACGCCACAUGUAUGUGAAAUAAGAAACAUGCGACCGGUAGUUGAGUGCGUCUCAGUGUCUACACAAAGCCACAAGCGAGCUUUUCCGAUGGAGACGGCUCUUUGGUUCGUUGUGGGAUGUGCCGGAAUUCCGCAGGCGAUUGUGUAGUGUGUGAAUAGGGACACUCCUUGGAAGUGGAUUUACGCGGAGUAUCAAACACUCGCUUUGGGAUCAUCGUGGGUGGGUGCCAAGACAAGACCCGUGUUUUUUUCUUGUGUGCCUUGCUUGUGGUCCUUUUUCAAUGUCUGUCUCUGAAGAAAAUGCAUUAUGCGUCUGCAGCUAUCGAGGUAGAUACAGCAGUGCAGACAGAUUUGAUCACGCCGGAGUUAGAGCAUGUAAGUAGUCUAUAACGUGAAGUCUCCCGCUUUUUGUUUUUAUCAUGUUGUAUGAUCGGUCGGGUGGUGACCUCAUCGCUCCCCGGCUGAACGUGGUUGAUGUGCCCACCGAGCCAGUCUUUUUUCGUAAGAUUCUUAAUUUAGAUCUUAGUUUACACGACCAGAUAAAAAGUCAUGGUUCGGUGGGUUGCUUUUGAUGUUGUGGCAUCUACGUGUAGUAAGUAAUAGGUGGGUUGCUGCAGGAAGCCCACGCUACUACUGUAUUACUUGCUGUUUUCAGUAGCCCUCUUUGGCGACAUUUGCUGCAGCGUAGAAGUAGGUUUUACUUGUUUGUUUUUUAUAUUGUUGGUGUUCGGUCGUGUUCCAUUAGGUGUGAGUCAAAUCACUCUGUCUGCUGCUGUUAUGAUCGCCCGCCCUCCUCAUGUCUUUAACAACGGAGACUUCUCUGUAGCCAGAGUUGUUUCCCUUUUCGUCUUUUUUCAUUUCACCUUUGAUGGGUAUUGCUUUGGCCGCUUUGGCUUUACUCAAGCCUUGACGUAUAGAGGUAAUUGUUACUGGUGUAUGUAUGCAUUUGUUUUUAUUAUUGGCAUCGACCGCACUCAUGUAUGUGUGUGUAAGCAUGUUGCCUGGUGCUUACGCCGUUUAUGUUGGAUCUUAUUCAGGUCUUGGAUUUU